CUCCAUUCGUUCGUGAUGCCUCCAAAAUUACCAAAGCUUGUUCCAUGGCAUUCACCUACAGAAUUCAUUCAGGUUCAUCAAUGGUUCUAUCCACCUUCUACUGAAGAUGGUACUCCUGAUAUCCAGGCACAAGAACGUGCCCUUCGACGAGUGAGAGCAUGGGAAGCACGCGGAAAACUGCCCCAUGCAAUCGAUUCUACAGCUUCCUUUGUGGGCGUUGAAGUUCGUGAUUGGACUCAAACCUGUUCCGAUCAGGAUCUGCGGCUCUUAUACUCCAUGGUCUUUAUUCGCUUUGUCAAUGGCUAUGUCGAUGCAUUCCAGUCUUCGAAGGCUGCGAAAUCAAUUGCUUAUUUAGCUGUGGAAAAAGUGGGGAUGCCCAUUCACUUUGUUGAACUUCGACAUACUGCCACCCAUGAUUAUCUACCCAGUUUGGCUACUCUUCGGAAUGCUACUCAACAGGCAUUGCAAUGGAUCAACGACAACUACUGGAUUCCACAACUUGUAUCCAUCAGGAUGGAUGAAGUAUUGCCGCCAGAAAUGACCACGGCUAUGACCGAAGAUGUCCGUCUUAUGAUAGAGAGCUAUAAAAACGAAAAGGAGCGCCAGAUAGAAGAAAAUACACUACCCCAGCCAAAGUCUGAGGCUUUAAUUCUUAAUCGACUUGUUCGGGACCUCAUAAAACGCUGUCGAUCAGGCGACGAUCUAUUAGAUUGUCUCAUCCCUAUCCUAUUAGAACCAGGGAUGUUAGUCCCUAAGAGUAAGAAGGGCCGUUCUACUGCUCGAGACUUGACUUUGGAUAAUUUAGGCCGCAUGGUCGAUUUCUGUUGGAUGCCCCUGAUGAAUAAAUUAUGUCUGGAUCUUCGGGAGAUCUGUAGUAUCAAGGAUGGUGAACCCUUGUCCUUUUGGGUCACCCUCAUGGACGCCAUGUUGGAAAAGCUCAUUCAGGCGAAUCUUGCUGUGCAAGCGGCCGCAUUGCCAACCGCUACUGCGCAACAGAAGACUGAUGCUAAAACAGGGAGUUAUCUUAUUACUCUACUGGCAUGGAUGAAGCACCUCAUAAAACUACACUACACACAAUUAGGAUCUACCCGUGGGAAAUCUACAGCCUCAUCGUUCAUAUCAUCAAUAUCAUCAAUAUCAUCGACAUCUUCCACUCAUGCAUCUACUUCUACUCCUACUCCACGACUUUCCGUUGCUGCCAUGGCUGCUCAGCUUGUUUCCGGCAACAACACUGUAAAUCAACCACCCAUGUUUGAGAAUGAUGAUAUUAUCAAUAUUGUCGAGGAUUCAUUACAGAGUAUCCUCGUCCAUGUUAGCCCCUUGAUCCGCUCGUUACUCAACACUGUGAUUGAAUGCGACCCUGAAGUAAAAGAAAAAAUCGGCCCUAUCCUCAGACAGAUUGAUCAAAGAAUUGUCUCUGCAGGAUCAUCGCCAUCCACAGUAUCCUCUCUAUCUGUAGCAUCAACAGCCACUACUUUUCCUAUUCAAACAACAACAACGACAUCUUCAUCACUAUCAUCAUCGCCACAAACAACAACGUUACUAGAUCCGAUGUUGAUGAAGGGAAAGUUGGAAGAAGAAGCCCAAUUUUCAACUCCUCAGGGGGAAGAUGUUGAUAUGACUCUACUCGAGAAUGCUGCAGUAUCUUCAGAAAUGGACACACAACAGGUUUCAACAGAGGAGUGUAAUAGCCAUACUGAUCAGCAAUUAAUGCAAGAGUCCGAUAAACAAGUCGCAAAUGAGCCCUGGACAUUAUUUGAUGCUGAAACAUGGCGGCCAUGCCCCAUAGGGUGUCUUGCUGGUGGUAUUGUCCCAGAUCUGUCGCUCCCUUGGGAUUUAGAUAGCCCACCCAUCGCCCGCAUCAGGAUCUAAAAUAAAAU